GGGUACAUAUAUACAUCCCAAAACCCUACUCUUCAUCUUCAGCAACCUGUUCAGCUCGUCUUCCGCCAGGUAGGUGUAUUUGAAGCAACUCCAAUGGCUCCGAAAGGUGAUAGUACUAAAAAGGCUGACCCAAAGGCUCAGGCCGCAAAGGUUGCCAAGGCUGUGAAAGGUACUACCUUCAAGAAGAAGGCGAAGAAGAUCCGCACCAAAGUUACCUUCCACAGGCCCAGGACAUUGAAGAAGGAGAGGAACCCCAAGUACCCCCGUAUCAGUGCUCCACCAAGGAACAAGUUGGACCAUUACCAAAUCCUUAAAUAUCCCUUGACCACUGAGUCUGCAAUGAAAAAGAUUGAGGAUAACAACACCCUGGUUUUCAUUGUUGACAUCCGUGCUGACAAAAAGAAAAUUAAGGAUGCUGUUAAGAAAAUGUAUGACAUUCAGACGAAGAAGGUCAACACUUUGAUCAGGCCUGAUGGUACCAAGAAGGCAUACGUCCGGUUGACUCCAGACUUUGAUGCAUUGGAUGUUGCAAACAAGAUUGGAAUCAUCUAAACAUAAUGUUGUUCUUUUGCCUAAGGCUGAUGCUAGAUUGAAAAUUUUGUUACACCUUGUUUGUGUUAGUAUUUUUACAGUUCUGGUAGUAUUCCAGUGGUGUUUAAUCAGCUUUUAUGUCAACUUCUACUAUUAUGUUACUUUGGAGAUUAUGAACUUCCAUCAAUACAUUCUAUUUUCUCUCCAUUUGAAAUUAUGUUGUUGGGUCUAGUAACCCAUGAAAUAUGGAAUAUCUGUUCUCAUUUACUGAACUAA